AUGCCAUCCGGGCCGCCAGAAUUCAUCCCGCCGUUCAUCCCGGUAACCGGGAUGAAGUAUUCAUAUGGCAAAAUUUCCAGCCCGAGAUCUCGGUUGGAAAAACCAAGAUCUCGGGAACCGAGCCAGCCCGCCCUCUCAUAUGAACACAUUGAAAAUUUUACAAAGGAUUUAGAGGUGAGGUGAGAUCUCGGAAACCGGACCAGCCCGGUCAACCGGGCUCAUAUGAAGAGGCCCUUAGUCGUGCUGUGACGGCAAAGAAAUGUACAAAAAAGCGUGAUGCACGUGCAGAGUUGUUGUUUUGCCUAUUCAACCUAUUGCUUUUUGGACGUUCUCGUUGUUGUCGCCGUCGUGGUAUCUUAAAGUCCCUUUUGUUUUAUUCUUUAAAGAGGCAGAGUUUACAAAAAUGUAAUUGAAAAUGAGCGCUUUUCUUAGGUUCUUGUUCUUAAUAAAAGUUGUCAGUUUUCAAGGAGGUUCUUCAGGUAGAAAGAUGUUAAACUUCUAACUUACUCUCAGCUUUUGCAGAUGCCAUUGAUAAAUUCAGAUAUUGUCAUAAUUAGGCCAAUUAUAGGUCAUUAUGUGAAAGUUAUCAGUUACCUAUGGCCUUCUUACUACAAGCCUAGUAUUAGCAUGAUUCAGCUGGCUCUCUGGAAUCCUAUACAAGGUUUCACGAGAUUUCUCCUGUAUUGUCGGUAGUAGAUGCGGCAGUUGAAAUUUAAAUCACUCACCGUCUUGUCUUAUGCGUGACAUGGUAUUUAGCAGCUUGUCCUCUGUAACAGUUAUUCCAGGGGACAAGCAUAUUUUUGUUUGAUAUUUCCAGGAGAAUGAGCAACUGAAGGCGAUGGUGAGCCUUUUGAAGUCAGAGGAAGAGACGAAUGGCGCUGGAGCUGCUGCGUGUUGUGGCGAUGCUGAUUGGCAGAGCUGUAAUUUUGGAGAGGAAGGAUAUAGUAGCAGCACCAAUGAGGUAUAAGUAUGUUGCAAUACUUUUCUCAGUGAUUCGACAGACUAUUGUUAGUUUUUUAUUAUUAUUUUGGUUCAAUUUAGUAAGGUUUACAUGUAUGUAACUGGUCAAAAUAAAAUUCAGGGGUUAAAAUUUUUUAACCUAGGUUGAUUCUCAACUUCCUUUGUCUUCUAGCCCUUAUUUACGAAUAAUUAUGGCUAGGGGACAAAGAAAAUUGAGAAUCAAUUUAGGUUAAAAAAUUUAACCAGAAUUUAAUUUUGACCUGUAACAUAUAUAUGCCCUCAAUAAGCUCACUGUCUAAUCUGGUGACGGUUUUUCUUGCGUUGUCUUUUCCUUAGUCUUCUGCUGGCGAAGCUGACGAUGUUGAUCACCUUUCUGGGUCUGGCCAGCCCUCAGGUAAACAAAUUAAACGAUAACAACUUACCAGGGUCAAGCUUUUCAAACGUUCCUGUACCAUUAGAAUCGAAAUCUAAAUGUAUAAAAGUUAAAGGUCCGUAUUUUACGUCGGUAACUUGUAAAAGUACUCAAACGGACAAACCUGAUGCCAACUGUGCGCUCACUUCUUGAACGUUUUCUUCUUUAACCAUGAAGUUAAUACAUGUGUAGUGUGUGUAGAUAUUUCGACCGUGUGAGAAUUUUAUGACAACUUCUUGUAUUCAAAAGAGUUGAAGAGACCAUGAAUUCCUCUUUUUCAGAUUCUGGAGAUUCUAGUGACGAGGAGCAGCUGUUUGAAGAUGCACCAGAGUACCUGAGUAGUUGA